GCUGACAGGAAGGUCUCUGAUCACAGUAGGAGGGGAAGUGGGCCUCUCCGGCGCUUUGAUAGUGACGGCCUGAAGGCGACUUACACGCGGCGCUCGGCUUCUUUCGCUUGUCCGGGUACUCCUGAGAAAAUGCCGAAGGCCAAGUCCGCGGCGAGUGGCCGCCGGCGGGAGCGGCAAGAGCAGCGCCGGGAGCUGAAGAGGGCCGGAGGACUCAUGUUCAACACAGGGAUUGGGCAGCACAUUUUGAAAAAUCCUCUCAUUGUAAACAGCAUUAUCGAUAAGGCUGCCUUAAGACCUACUGAUGUGGUGCUGGAAGUUGGGCCUGGGACUGGAAACAUGACCGUCAAGCUGUUAGAAAAGGCCAAAAAGGUAGUUGCCUGUGAACUUGAUCCAAGGCUAGUAGCUGAACUUCACAAAAGAGUUCAGGGCACGCCUCUGGCCAGCAAACUCCAGGUCCUGGUGGGAGAUGUAUUGAAAUCGGAUUUGCCGUUCUUUGAUGCUUGUGUGGCAAACUUGCCUUAUCAGAUCUCCUCUCCCUUUGUCUUCAAGUUGUUGCUUCACCGGCCAUUUUUCAGAUGUGCUAUACUUAUGUUUCAAAGAGAAUUUGCUCUUCGUUUGGUUGCAAAGCCCGGAGAUAAAUUAUACUGUAGACUCUCCAUUAAUACACAGCUUUUAGCACGUGUGGACCAUCUGAUGAAGGUGGGGAAGAAUAACUUCAGACCACCCCCCAAGGUGGAGUCCAGCGUUGUAAGAAUAGAACCUAAGAAUCCGCCACCACCUAUCAAUUUUCAGGAAUGGGAUGGCUUAGUAAGGAUCACUUUUGUUCGGAAGAACAAGACACUGUCUGCUGCAUUCAAAUCAAGCGCAGUACAACAGCUGUUGGAAAGAAACUACAGAAUUCACUGUUCAGUCCAUAAUACUGUAAUACCAGAAGAUUUCAGUAUAGCAGAUAAAAUACAGCAAAUCCUAACCAGCACAGGUUUUAGUGAAAAACGGGCCCGUUCCAUGGACAUAGAUGACUUUAUCAGGUUGCUACAUGGAUUCAAUGCAGAAGGUAUCCACUUUUCCUAGCCAUUUUUUUCAAGACCAAGAAAAAAAAAAUGAAAUUAUAAUGCCUAAUAUUAUUAACCUGUAUGUUAAAAGUGGUUGAUUCUACAUAUUUUUUCGUUUGUUGUUAAUAAGUAUUUUAAAUAUACUACAGAGGUCAGGGUUCAGUAUACAUAUAAUGGUUUUCAAGUUCAAAAGCCGCAGAUACGCACAACCAUACACUUAAACUUUCUAACAAUUUAUUGUAUAAAGAUGUUACUUUAUUCACUGUGUUAUGGACUGUGAGGCCUACUUUAGGCCUGCACCUCACUCUGUCAACUAGUCACAGAUUCCCCCAGUAUUCCUCUUCAUUCACAUGUACAGUAAGUUACUUAACAUGACUUUCUUUUACACACCUUCAUUCUAUGGAAUUUCCAUGUAUUAAUGCCUUCUUUGUUAGAUGACCUGUUGCAACACAGUCAACAUUACAGUUCUGGGUAAGCUAAAGUCUGCUGCAAUUAUACAGUGCAAGCAUGUUCUAUGUAUGACUGACUACCUGUGAAAUGCAGAAGCUGAGAAAGAAAUUAAUUAUAAAAUCAUGUCAAGUCUAUUUUCUUAGGGGAGACAAGAUCUACAAAUUUCAGAUUUAGAAAAAUCCCAGAGAAGUUUGUAAAUCAAAUGAGCUUUAUUAGUUUCAGUUUUCAGCUUUUUAAAAUAAUAGCCAUUUUCCCACAACUGUAGGCUCUUGGCUGUUCCUUACUUACUCCUGGAUAAUUAAAAUUCUAGUACCUGGUGUUUCUUUUUAAGCUAUUUAAAAUUUGUGAGAUUGAAGAUAAAUGCUGUUUAUAUACUUUAAUAAAUUAGCUGUUUUAUUUA